CGAUGCCUUGGUUUGGAAUGGAUAUAGGGGGUACAUUAUGUAAAUUAGUGUACUUUGAGCCAAAGGAUAUAACGAGAGACGAGGCAGAUGCAGAAGUUGAGACGUUGAAAAAUAUUCGUCGAUAUCUUACUAAAAAUUCCGCGUAUGGAAAAACCGGUCAUCGUGAUACGCAUUUACAAAUGAAUAAUGUUCGCAUUAGAGGUAGACAAGGAACGUUACAUUUCAUUAGAUUUCCUACAAGUGAAAUGGGAAAUUUUUUAGCAUUAGCAAAAUCAAAGGGCAUGGCGAAUCUUGUGACUACUGUUUGCGCCACAGGUGGUGGUGCCUUUAAAUUCGAGGAUAAUUUUAAGAAGGAAGUAAACAUGAAUUUGGCAAAAUUCGAUGAAUUACAUAGUUUAAUACGUGGAAUGCUCUACAUAGAAACCACUAAUCCACAUGAAUGCUAUUAUUGGUCAAAUCCCACCGACAACAGCAAAUGUCAGAAAGUACCUUAUGAUUUUUCUGAACCAUAUCCUUUUUUGCUUGUUAACAUAGGCUCUGGAGUAAGCAUAUUAGCUGUAUAUGGGCCAGAAAAUUUUAAAAGAAUAUCUGGAACGAGUUUAGGAGGCGGAACAUUUUUGGGAUUAUGUUGUUUACUUACUGGUUGUAACACCUUUGAAGAAGCGAUAGAAUUAGCAACGGGUGGAGAUAACACAAAAGUAGAUAAAUUGGUCAAAGAUAUAUAUGGCGGCGAUUACGGCCCUUUUGGCCUUCCUGGAGACUUAGUUGCGAGCAGCUUCGGACAAAUGAAUUCCAAAGACCGCAGAAAUACUGUUACAAAAGAAGAUCUAGCGCGUGCAACACUUGUUACUAUCACAAAUAACAUCGGUUCUAUUGCGCGCAUGUGUGCUGUUAAUGAAAAAAUUGAGAGGGUUGUAUUUGCUGGAAAUUUUCUCAGGGUAAAUCCAAUAUCGAUGAAAUUAUUGGCCUAUGCUAUGGAUUAUUGGUCUAAAGGAACCUUGAAAGCCCUGUUUUUAGAACAUGAAGGUUACUUUGGCGCUGUGGGAUGUCUAUUACAAUUUAAUGGCGAAUCGAGUUAAGCACAAUAAAAGAUGUUAGGCAACUGUCAUGCGACAUACAGCAUUCCAUAUAAUCAGCUCGACAGAAUUUUUUUGAGUGAACAAGAUUAACGUAACUAUUUAUUUUUAUUGCAUGUUCAUUUUUGAAUGAAUAUACAUACGAAACAAUUGUUUAUUGUUAUGAGAUAAAAGGAUUUCUACAUUUAAGAAGUAUGAUCAUAUAUUAGUAAAUUUUGUCGUAUAAUUUUUAUCAAAAUUUUUUUUCUAAGAAAAAUAAUUAUGCCAGGUAUAUAUUUGGUUUUAGAGGGUAGUUAUUUCCAUAUAAUUGUUAUAUCAAAUGAAUGAUUGAGCAUAAAUUUAGUAAGAUAAUUAUUAUUAUUGAGUGAAUGAAUAUGAGCAUAACACGACUCGGCAGAUAGGUUUGAUAAUGGACCAAAUCCAAAGGGAAUUAAGGAUUACCUUUUCUCCCAAUGUUCGUUACAUGCCGUAUAUAGAUUAGUUCUACCUCAUAAUUUAUAUUGUCAAAUUUUUCUACAGAAUGCACAGAUUUUUAUGUAUAUAAAUAAUGGUAAUGCGUUAUUACAUUUGCGUGCACGACUUUUCGUAAGUUUAUAAUCGGCGAAUAAAACCAUUGUAAUGCUAAAUAUUUAUACAUUAAUUGUUAAUGUGUAUUUAUAAUUUUGUUGUUGAUACAUUACGCAUUACUAGAAGAUAGAUUAUUAGAUAAAUUUCUUAAUACGAGCUUUUUAGUUGAAUGAAAUUUUUAAUGAAAUGUAUGUAAUGUUAGCAUCUUUGUGCGCGACUGGCAAUAAUUGAAAAACUAAGAACCUUUUUAUAUUGUUUAUAUUGAUACAGCGAGAUAUCAUGAUUAUAAUUCAAAAUACAUAUGCUUCCUU